UACAAACACCUUUUUGCUGUCGAACCUAAUGGAAGUAGACAGUCACGGGCGGCUGGCCUCGAAUUCGUCUUUUGUUUUGUUUCGUUUCGUUUUAUUUGAUAUGCGAGUCUGACGCGGCCUACUUUGGUCUGCUGCCCUUCUGCCUUAUUUCGACUAAAGAGUUUUCGUAGAGAAAUCGUGUUUCUAGUCGAGUUUAGAUUCUGUUCCCUCUUUGGAAAACGUUUUCUUCUCUUGGAGGCCGUAAUCGAAUUUGAGGCAAUAUUUUAAUGAACUUUCUCGCGGAGAAAUUUAGAAAUGAUCUGAAAACUUCUUUCUUACUGAACUAUUGACAACCAUGCAUGGAAUUAUAAGAAUUUAAAUAUAAAAUGAGUUGUCGAAUAUCGGAAGUAGAAUCUCAACCUCCAAGGCCUAAGUCUCCAUGCAGAUUUACCGAUUCUCCCCAGCAACACCCUAGCGGGUGUAUGUUUCGAGGAGUAGAAGUGGAUUCUCAACCUCCACCUCCAAGGCCUAAAUCUCCAUGCAGAUUUACCGAUUCUCCCCAACAGCACCCAAGUGGGUGUAUGUUUCGAGGUAUGGAAAUGGAAUCCCAACCACCAAGACCCAAGUCUCCAUGCAGAUUUACUGAUUCACCACAGCAACACCCCAGUGGGUGUAUGUUUCGAGGUAUAGAAAUGGAAUCUCAAACUGCAAGACCCAAGUCUCCAUGCAGACUAACUGAUUCACCCCAGCAACACCCCAACGCGUGCGUGUUCAGGGGAUUGGAAGCGGAAUCCCAACCUUCAAGGCCGAAGUCCCCAUGUAGGAUAGCAGAAGCACCCCAGCUACACCGCAUACAAAACAACUAUAUGAUGUUAGAUCUCAGAAAGCAAAUUCAGUGGCAAAGUCAGGUGAUAAGGGAUUUAAAAAUCGAACGGGAUCGGCUUACGAAGGAGCUUGCCUCUCGCCUAUUUUACGUCGAAGCACAACUACGCAGGGAACAAAAACAUAUAGAAUCAUUAUUGAAAGAAAAAGAUCAGUACAUCCGCUUUCAGGGAUUGCAAAUUGAAUCCCUCAAAACUAUUUUGUCUAAAGUCGAUUGGGAUUAUAGGCGGCACCAGGACUGCAACCAAAAGUCACGAUCCGCUACGACAAAUUUAUCUGUAAGACGUGGGAAAGUUCCACCGCCAUUGGAUAAGAGAUUUUCCUAUGCCCUAGAUGAAUACAUGAAGGACCACGGUGUCGUGUCUAGAGCUCAACCAGUUAUUGUGCAAGCAGAUUCUGAGGGUGAUAAGAAGCCACAAAAACAAAAGGAUACAUCCUAUGGUUGUUUCCGCGCUCGAAGUCUGCCAGAAUUGCGCAUUGACAAAACUACGGAGAACAGAAAUCCAUCUUGCAGUUUCAGUUCGUAUUACCAGUCCAUAUCCGAUUUGGGAUUACCUCAGGAUAUCAUCGACGAGCUGGCAUCUAGACGCUGGACGUCAGAUUGCGAUUCGGAGCACUCCGACUCAUUGGAUUCUGGGAUAUCCAGCCCCAGCAUCAAGUCACGAAACAUGCACGCCUUUCCCAUGCCUCCCGUAUCAGGUGCAGGGAAAGUCAAGCAAGACAACUCUUCUCAAAGACGUUGUUCGAUUGGCAAUUUUCUCAAUCGCACUUUUUCUCUGUCAUCGUCACAGUUGGAUAAAAUUAAAGAUAACGAAGAGUAUCAAGUGAAAAAUGUCCCAAGUCGCAGACAUGGCUCGUUUUCUGUUUCGAAAAACAAAAGUUUUGACCAUGAUUGCCAUGUUGUGAGGAAACCCGAGGAAGAGCCUAAACCUCGUAAUCGAUUCAUUAGUUCUGCUAAUCGGACUUUUGGAACGAAUCAUAGAUCUGUUACUAAGCCUCGUGAUAUCAAGUUUAGAAAACUUUUUAAGUUUCGACGUCGUAGUGAACCCAUAGAUCAAGGAGCAAUUAACCCUGAAGAUUACAUGACAGUUUAAGAGUAAUUUGUUUAAGAAUAUCUCUAUUUUAAAUUUUUAUUGGUAUUUUUUUUUUACAUUAAUUUUAUAUAUAUGUAUUUCUGAUUUUUAAAUUCGUAUACUAGCAUUAAUAUAUAUAUGAAGGGCUUGGUACAAUAUAAUGAAAAGUCACAUUUUAAAUUUCUUCAAGAAAACGUAUUCAGCGAAAUACACUGCAAUUUAACUGCGUACAACAAGAUGUGUCGGUGCAUUGUGUUGUAAUCUAGUGGAAAUCCUUCUAACUUGUAAAAUACCUGUCCAAAAAAAAAAAGAAAAAAAAAGAAAAAAAAAACUAAGAAACUGUUUUUUACAAUACUGCCCUAAACCCUUUACUUAAUAGUGGUAUUAUACGAAUUAAAAAAACGAAAAUUGUUGUUAUUUGUAAAAUAUUAGGUUUACCUACUUUUUUUUGAAGCAGCAUCAUUUUAAAUUUUAAUAACACGAAUAUAUUAAAUUUCUUAUUAUGGAUUUGAAUACACAUUAGAAUGAGUACCAAUUACUUUUUCAAUCCCAUAUUGUGUAUUAUUUUUAAUUACACGAAUAUAUAAAAUUUCUUACUAGGGAUUUUUAUACACAUUAGAAUGAGUACCAAUUACUUUUUCAAUCCUAUAUUGUGUAUUAUAUUUAAUUACACGAAUAUAUUAAAUUUCUUAUUAUGGAUUUUAAUACACAUUAGAAUGAGUACCAACUACUUUUUCAAUCCCAUAUUGUGCAUUAUUUUUAAUUACACGAAUAUAUUAAAUUUCUUAUUAUGGAUUUGAAUACAUAUUAGAAUGAGUACCAAUUACUUUUUCAAUCCUAUAUUGUGUAUUAUAUUUAAUUGCACGAAAAUAUUAAAUUUCUUAUUGUGGAUUUUAAUACACAUUAGAAUGAGUACCAAUUACUUUUUCAAUCCAUAUUGUGUAUUAUUUUUAAUUACACGAAUAAAUUAGAUUUCUUAUUAUGGAUUCUCCUACACAUUAGAAUGAGUACCAAUUCCUUUUACAAUUCUAUAUUGUGUAUUACGAUAUUGUUUUGGUUAUAAAAUCUGACUAUUCCAUUACAUAUUAAGUUAAAUAAAUAAGAGAUACGUCAAAGGAAACAAUGAUUAUCGAAAACAAGGAUAAUGACGAAACAAAUUCAAAAUGUACUCAAUACAGUGCGACACAUGACAAAGGGGGGAGGAGGUAUGGUGAAGUAUGACACUGUGACAAAUGGGAGGGAGAAGACAAAAAUAUUGAAAGAAAGUUUGACAUCAACAAUGAACAAUUCCAAUUUGGGAAUAAUACAGUACUCCCUACUUUGAUGAGCAUUAUCAAAAAUCGGAGGGAAAAAAAUUAAAGGGAUGGAAAUAAUCGAACACGGAAUAAAUAGGGCAAUGUAAGUACCACAAAUACUUAAAAAUAAUUUAUGAUGAUUUGUGCGAGAUUUUCAUUCAUAUAAAUUUUUUUAGAAACCAUUUUGUACGAUUUUUUGAAACAAGGUUUUGAUGUCUUAGGAAAUGAAUAUUGGCCACUAAAUUUUAAAGUAAUGACGACGCAGACAAGUAAAAGAAACUAUGUAAAUAAUUAUUUGUUAUCAAUAAUCUAUUCUAUUUACACUUUGUAAUUUUAUUUUAAUAUUGAAACUGAAAUAAAAUAGUAUAUGACUUAUAGAAGUGAUACUAGUUUUUGAUAGAGCUAAAUUUAUCCUUCGUCACAGGCUUAAAUUAUGUUAAAUUUUAGUAAUGAUUAAAUAAAAUUAGAUGCGGUGAUUUCUUAUUUAUUAAAAGAUG